GAUGUCUGGCGUAUCAGCGAAUGCGAUGUGUCUGGUAUGCGGGGCGAUGCAGGCGGUGCGGUGUGAGGGAAUGCUGUGUGCCUGUCGGGGUGCCGGCGGCCGAACUCGCAUCGCUGUCCUGCACGGCACAGACUUGCUCAGACUUGCCUGGUCCGCGAACCGAUUCGUCUGCCCAGCGCGGAUCCGGCUCUGGCUCGCUCGCUCGCAUCUCCAUGCCGCCGCAAUUCAGACGCCGCGAUUUGAUCGAGACGCUGCUCUCGUGGGAAGCCCGGCCCGUUGACGGCAAGGGCAACGGCGGAAUCGCUGUCGAGCACAUCAAGGCUGGAACAUGUCUCCUCUCGGAGCGGCCGUGGGUCGAAUGGAGCCGAGAAGACUACGAGCCCUGGACGGCCGUUGCUGAAAUCCUUGCCCGGGCUGAUGCGGGCCAGGACACCUGGGUCGAUCUCGACCAUCUGUACCCCGGCAAUGUCGCAUCGCUGCCGCCAACCCGACAAUAUGAGUGGAGAGACAUGCAGAUCCCGACAUCCGUGCUGCAGUCCUUUCCAAGCGCUUCCCGGGAUGAAAUAGCCCGUCUCCGAUUAAUCCUGGACUGCAACGCCUUCCCCUCUGGCCUCGUCAUCAACCUCGCCUAUCUCAACCACAGCUGCACUCCCAACUGCCAGGUGCUCGAGUACUCGACGGCUCGCGGGCCCGAGUACUCGCUCUUUGCGCUCUGCGACAUCGGCGCCGGCCAGGAGCUCACCAUCAGCUAUCUGGACCUGGCCUUGACCGCCCAGCUGUCGCAGGCCCGACAGCGCAAGCUCGAGCAACAGUACUUUUUCUCCUGCCAGUGCCGCCGAUGCACCGACUUGGAAGACGAAUCGCUGGCGUGCCUGCAGUGCGACGGCGGCGUCGACUGGGAAACAGGCAAAUGCUCCGGAUGCCAGGCGGCACUGGGCCGCUCGAAGUUGGCAAAGACCGUCUCAAAGCUGGACGAUCUGCUCGAGGAACUCGAGUCGCUGGCCGCCGAUGCCGUGCUGGCCUGUCCGAUCUUGCAGCCCGACGGCAGUUACCGCAUCGAGUCAGAGUGUGCACAGCCCGACGAACUGCUCGCAACCGUUGCGGCGCUCUCUCAGCGGCUGCGAACGAUCCAGUCCAAGGCCAAGCCGAUUGUCCACCCUGGCCACUUUAUCCUGAAGCUCGUCCAGGCAUGGGAGCGGGAUCUCGCCCGCGCAGGAUCUGACCUCUGCGGCGCACCUGGAGAAACAGAGCGACUUGUGCGAUCGCUAUAAUACAUCUGCAUAUCCGCACGA